AUGGCGACAUCUACGACGAUAGAGUACGCGUCGGGCGCACCCGAGCCCAUAGCCUAUCCCCGGCUCGCAAAGCACCUUCUUCUUCCCGACCAAACCCCUGAUUACCUUCGUCUCAUACUCACCUCCAAAGUCUACGAGAUCGUUAAAGACACACCUCUGGUACUCGCCACCAACCUCAGCAAUACUCUGGGGAAUCAGAUAUGGCUCAAGCGCGAAGAUUUACAGGAAGUCUUCAGCUUCAAGAUACGCGGGGCGUACAAUUUCAUGGCGAGCCUGUCUGAGGAAGAACGAUGGAAAGGAGUGGUCACUUGUAGUGCGGGCAAUCACGCCCAAGGUGUGGCAUUAUCUGGGGCGAAGCUGGGAAUACCAUGCACCAUAGUCAUGCCCAAGGGCACGCCUUCUAUCAAGGUCAGGAACGUGGAUCGUCUAGGGGCCAAAGUCGUCCUUCAUGGCGUGGAUUUUGACGAAGCAAAGGCCGAGUGCGUUCGGCUUGCAGCCGUCCAUGGCCUGGCAUUUGUACCCCCGUAUGACGACCCCCUGGUCAUUGCAGGUCAAGGCACGAUAGGCAUGGAAAUCCUGAAACAGCUUCCAGACUCAGAUCACCUCGAUGGAAUAUUCGCUGCAGUUGGUGGCGGUGGUUUAGUCUCCGGCAUCUGUGAAUAUGUCAAGCGCAUUGGGAACCCGGACACAAAGAUCUUUGGGGCUGAAACUGUGGACGGCGAUGCUAUGGCUAGAAGCUUGGAGCAAGGCAAGCGUGUUACUCUGCAAGAGGUUGGCCCGUUCUCCGACGGCACCGCUGUCAAGAUUGUGGGCGAGGAACCCUUUAGAAUAUGCAAACGACAGCUUGAUGGCAUUAUCAAAGUCGACAACGACGAACUAUGUGCCGGCAUCAAAGACAUCUUCGAAGAAACCCGAUCAAUAACAGAACCUGCAGGUGCUCUGGCGUUAGCUGCGCUUAAACGGCAUAUUCUCGACAACCAGUUGGUGGGCGCAGGGAAGAAGUAUGUGGCUGUCAUCAGCGGGGCGAAUAUGAAUUUUGACCGGCUUCGCUUUGUUUCCGAGCGCGCCCAGCUGGGUGAAGGCAGGGAAGCCUUACUGAGCGUGGAGAUUCCGGAAAAACCUGGGAGUUUCAUCAACCUGCACUCAGUCAUCCACCCUAGAGCAGUGACUGAGUUCAUCUACCGAUAUAGCGACUCCAAUGUGGCGCACGUCUUUAUAUCUUUCAACGUUGACCCUCUCAGGCGAACAGACGAAGUCGCCGCAAUUAUCACGGAGCUGGAACGAAUAGGGAUGAAGGCUUGCGACAUCAGUGACAACGAAAUGGCAAAGAGCCAUGGCCGGUAUAUGAUUGGCGGAUGUCAGUCAGUUCCAAACGAGAGACUAUUCAGAUUUGAAUUUCCUGAGCGCCCACUCGCCUUGAGGACAUUCUUACUUGGUUUGCACCAAGGCUGGAAUAUCUCAUUAUUCCAUUACAGGAACCAUGGUGCAGAUCUUGGUAAAGUACUCGCUGGGAUUCAAGUUCCACCCGAGGACAGUCAGCAGUUUGGCACUUUCCUCAGCGAAUUGAACUACACGUACGUUGAGGAGACGCAAAAUAUGGUAUACAGUAGAUUCCUGAGGGGAUGA